ACCCAAUUAAUGUCACUGCCUAUACAUUAUUUUUUAUUUUUGUUUGUAUACAUUAACUUGUAUUGUUGUUUCCUUAUCGUAGAUACCGUACAGAUACUGAUACUGUACCCAAUUAAUGUCUUUAUUCUAAUGAAUACUGAUUAAUAGUUAGCAUUUUUAGAGAUUUUACUAAAUUUAACUGUAAAUAUAAUAAUUUAGAGGUGUGUGUGGAAAUUGAGAUUUCUGAUGAAACUCAGUCAUGAGACUGUUACAAUCGAAUUGAAAAAUGGAACACAAGUUCACGGUACUAUAACAGGUGUGGAUGUGGCUAUGAAUACGCAUCUGAAAGCAGUGAAAAUGUCAGUGAAAGGGCGAGAGUCUGUGCAGUUGGAUACCUUGACCAUCAGAGGCAACAACAUUCGUUAUUACAUACUACCGGAUUCACUCCCUCUUGAAACACUACUAAUUGAUGAUACUACCAAGAGUAAGACCAGGAAGAAGGACGACAUGAGAGGAGGACCGUCCCGAGGUCGCGGCAGAGGACGCGGGGCUCGCGGAGGAAGGGGAGGCCGCGGAAGGGGCCGGGGACGUCGUUGAACAUGACCGAUCAAUAUUGUGUGUUCACUUUUCUAUUGAUAUGGUAUCUGUAAAAUCGAUGUUGUACGAAUCAUCUUACUUUAUUUUUUCUCUGUAACUGUAAAUAUUAAUGAAAGAAUACCGUUUAUUUUAAGACAAUCUCAAUUGUUUUGAUAUUAGUUUUUAAAUUAAUUAUACGUUUUCCUUUCACUUGAUGGCAGUUUCUAUUAUUUUGUUAUUGAUUCUCUCAUUAACUUGAAACUGUAUGACGAUGUAUGAAGUGCUUAGCGGAAUCUGAAUCUAUUGCAUUCCAAGACCAACUAUUUAUAUUGUACUGUAUGUUUGGAGAAUGUUUCCAAUCUCCAUUAGUUAUUAAAUUUUAAUCAGAGAAGAAGCAUACAAAGGUGUUUGAAAAUUCACUAAAAUAUUCAUCUGCAUAUUCAGAAUGAAAAUUGAAAGAGGUGAGUUCCUUCUCAACCCCCCACCGCUCCCAUAGACUCGUCAGUUGUAUUUAAAAAAUAUUGAUUCUCAUUUAUAAUCAGUUAUGGAAUGGGCAACGUUGAUCAACUCUCAUUUGGAAACGUUGCAGUAUUCUCAUCGGAGUAUUUUCAUGCGGUUGUCUAUAGUAAAUUCAUUGAAAUUACCAUAUUGUGAAAUAGGAUAAUAAUGGGAACAUGAUGUUUUUUUUUAAAAAAAGUGUAAUUAAUUAUUACUGGAAUUGUUCUCUUUCAUACUAUACAAACCAAAUAGAAGGAAUCCAAUAAACAUGAUAAGCACAGCAAUCAUGAAACUUUGUCUAUUCUUAGUGUGCAAGCCUUUGAGUUUCUUUUCAUUGUCAAUCACAAUUUUCUUCACAUCAGCCAACUCCUUUUCUAGCUUUUCCCUGAAAACACAAAAAUAAAUUUCAGUGAAAAUGAAUUUAAAACAAUUUUAUAUUAAUUACAUUGAUCAAUAAUUUGUAAACAUUGUUAUCAAUUAUUAUACUGUUAUUGAAAACGACAUUGUACUUCCUUUCUAGAUAUUCAUGCUAGCUAGAAUUGCAAUGAUUUUCCGACAUGUAGACUAUGAAUGUUGCAAUUCAUUUUCAAGUUUCAACCGUAAUUUAAAUUACAAUAAAAGUUGUGCUAGUACUUCUAACUGUAAGUAAUCAACUUGUGUGAAAUUCAGAUCACCAACAAAUAAUAUCCAUGUUUUUUGUAUCAGCCUAAUUCUUUCAAACUUUGACAAAGUUUAGUAUUUUACUUAUGAAUGAAAAUUAUGAGCUUGUAUACAGUCGAAUAAAUGUUUCAUGUUUGUUAAUGUGA